GCUGCGACAGGACGGCAGAUAUUUCGGUCCUCAAGGUCUCUCUAGGAUAGCUGUAUGUUACUAUUUAUGAGGGAGUUAAAUACUAAGUUGUCAUACGAUUCUCAUUUAAUCAACAAUGAUGAUAAGUUUUGUGACCGUCAUGCAAAGACCCACUUCAAAUGGCCCUUAAUUCGUCAUAAAUCUGAAGAUAUUAGUACUUCAGGUUCUUUCAUUCAACCUGGGUACAAAUUCAGUUAUGAAACGGACUGUGAUGUUAAACAAAUCGAAUUUACAAAGCCAUCAGAUUUAAUCGCUCUCAAUGGUCUAGAUGGUCAGACACAAACAUUCAAUUUUAGCACAGCUUUUAAUUUUUCCCAAACCAAGUCUGUCGAUCAGGAUGCUAGUAAUAACUACAAAACAAUUUUUACCUACUCCGAUCCUGUUACAAAUGUUAUAGAUUGUCAAUUAGAUAUUUUUGAUUUUAUGGAUACUGGAUAUUCCAAAAAUGUAAACAGUCGAUUACAUUAUUCAUUCCUUGUCCUAUCAGCUUUAUUAUUGAUUAUAUUCUUUCCAUUCUUGUGUUGGUUUUAUGUGAAGCGUCUUGCGAAAAGUGAACGAAUCAUUGUAUUUCGACUCGGAAAACGAAUGAAAUCUAAAGGACCUGGUUGGGUAUUUCUGUUGCCUAUAUGUGAUCGUUACCACUUAAUUACUCUCGAUGAUCAACUAGUAAAAAUUAAACCUGUAUCUGGUGGUACAAAAGAUGAAGCUGUUGUAGAAGUGACAUGUUCAAUAAUAUUUUAUUUAUUAGAAUCAGAUUAUGCAUUUAGUAUAACUAAUAAAAGCCCAUUGGAUAUUGUUACUACACAAACUCAAUUAUGUUUAUUAUCAGCAUUAACUCAUUUAGAAUGGUAUUAUUUAGAACAAGGUAAUGCAAAAAUUGACUUGGCUAAUGAAACAAAAGGCACAUUAAAUUCUCGUUGUGGUCCAUACGGCAUUCAUGUGAAAGAAGUUACUAUUGAUGGUUUAGUUCUACUCCGUCCGCCACCAUCGCAUAAUUCCAAGUCAAAUAUUGAACUGGUUACUAAACACUUGCAUCAAUUAUCAUGUGUAUUGCUGAAUAGUCGAGGUGAUAAACCGCUAAUAAAACCACCCACUAGUCAAUCGAAUGUAGAACAACAAAUAAUCAAUUUGUCUAAUGGUUCCGAACAAACUAAUUCAACAUCAAUGUCAUGUGAUACCACCGACAUAAUAUCAGACCCAGAAAUAACAACUACCACAAUAACUAAUGAAUCUAGUUCUGUUGAAACUACACCACUAAUAAAUAAAGUACAAAAACAGUAUAGUUUUAAGUCUUUAAAUACUCUGUCACAAUUACGCAUUUCACAUAAUUAUCCUGCUUUAUCGAAAGCAAUAACACGUGCUCAAGGUCUACUUAAUAGUAAUAUAGCUUGUCAAGCUCUUGAUUGUGCAUCAUUACAAUUAGUUAUAUCAAUGGAGAACAAAUUUGUCAAAGAUCAUUUACCAUUAUUGAAUUCAGUGGAAAAUCGAAAUUUUAUUCUACUUUAUUUGGAUGCUGGUACUGGUAUGUUUCUGUUUUCAUAAUAUUUUCAUUUCUUUUUCUUAUGCAAGUGAUUUUGGUCACGAUUUUCAAGCGUUACAACUAUGUAUCUUGAGUUAAUAUUGUUCAUCUAAACAUAAAAUGUGUGACUUGGGUAAAAAUGUAGUUAGAAAGAGUUUUGUGUUUAAACUUAAAGCAUGUAGUCGGAUCAUACAGUUGUAAUUGUAUGUUAACAGGAUAGGAUCCUAGUAUUUCGUGCUCUUACCAAACUCAAAACGAGAUAUGCUAACUCCUCUAUUUUCAACGUAUCAGGGGUAUUUAGCGAAUCGGGAAAAUAGUAGAGGAGUCUUACUUAAAUUCUGUGUGAACUCUAGUGUUUCCACUAAAGUAUUUUAGUUGUUCAGGUUAUUCGUUUGUACCAUGUUCCCUCAAUUUUCCUCCCAUAAUCGAAUGAGGUGUAUUAGACAGAAAUAUAAACCUAAUAAUGUGAUUAAACUAACCAGUUAAAAAAAGUGCUUUUCUAUUUUGAAUCAGAAAAUAACAGCUCAAACCAUUUUUUAAACUGAACAUUGAUUCAUAUUUAUUUUCUAAAAUGAAAUUACUUUCAACUUAUCGGUAUUGAUGUAACUCAUUUGUCAAGUACUGAUUCGUGUACUCUUGGGAUUUUGAGCAGUGGAUGGUUAGCGAUACAACCGCUCUACCCAAACCGAAGUAGACGGAGCUGGACUCAAAUCCGUGAACUAUUGGUUGAAGGUUGAACCUCCUGACCGUUAAGCUACCAAUUCUAUUCCUGGAACUGUCGGUUCAGGUUGUCUACCAGUUGAUAAACAACCAGCAAAUGUUACACUUUUCAUACAUAUUGACGAUUUAACCGAUGUGGUAGAAGGUCGUUUAGAUGUAAUAAACGCAAUAAAAUCUGACAAAGCUUUCAUGACCGGUUCAUUAUCAGUGUUAUCAAAAAUGCGUCAUUUACUUUAUCUGCCUCCAGUUUGAGAAUAUGAUAAGCAUUAGUUACUAUUAGGUCAAAUGAUUGUGCAUUUCUUUUUCGAUCAACAUUUACCCUGACCAAAUAUUUUUCUCUUAGUUGUUUUAAAUUAGUCAACUUUGUUUUUUUCCCUUUUAAAAAAAAAAUUCGAAUCAUGUGUUUGUUAUUUAUUGUCUUAGUUCGAACCCAACAUUAUUUUACUUCAUAUUGAUUCAUAUUCAUUUGUUCUUUAUUGUCCUUAUUUCAUGUCAAAAAAAAAGCAAAACAUUGUACUUUUUCUUAGGUCUCAUACCUAAAUGGAAUGCAUUAUGCUAUUGGGUGUUUUAUUUCGUUUCAGUAGUCAAAACGCAUUUCAAUCAUGAACAUUUCCAUAAUUUAUUAAUUGCUUAUUCUAGUUCGGCAAUUUUUAUGCGAAUAAUAUACAUAUAUAUGUAUUUUAAUAUGAUUUUACAUAUAAGCUGAUCUCUCGUUAUUAUAGUUAUCUUUGUUGGCAUUAUUGAAUUUCAUUACAAUAAUAAUUGGAAUUGAAUCACGAAUAAACUUAUAUGAUUAAUUAACAA